AUCUUGCUGACUGGCACGACACGGGGCUGCGGGCAGCUUCCCGCUCCGGGGGCGAGGAGGUUGUGUCGGCAGCGCCGUGGCUGCCAGCUUGCUGCUUCUUCCCGAGGAGUCUAAUUAUAGCUGCGAGACUGUGGUGCCUCCUCUCCACCCGCUAACGUGCCCGUGCUGGAGGCCCUCAGGCACAUCCUUGGUGCUGGGCUCGGCGGCGCCCAGAACCAGCCUUGAUGGACCGCAGCGUGCCCUAGGAUGCCUGCGGCCGCAGCCCCGCAGCGCCUCGCCAAUGGUGCCGCGUCCCUCCACCAUGCGCGAUGAGCAGCGGCUGCCCGGCAAUGCGGUAGCCUGGCUGGCGUGCGCCGGGGUCUCGCUGCUCACCAAUGCCUGGGGCAUCCUCAGCAUCAGCGCCAAGCAGAAGAAGUGGAAGCCGCUGGAGUUCCUGCUGUGCUCCCUGGCGGGGACCCACAUCCUCAACACCGCCAUCCCCAUCACCACAUACGCGGUGGUGCAGCUCCGGCGGCGGCGCUCAGGCUACGAGUGGAAUGAGGGCCUCUGCAAGGUCUUCGUCUCCACCUUCUACACCCUCACACUGGUCACCUGCUUCUCUGUCACCUCCCUCUCCUACCACCGCAUGUGGAUGGUCCGCUGGCCCGUCAACUACAGGCUGAGCAACACCAGGAAGCAAGCUGUUCACACUGUGAUGGGGAUCUGGAUGGUCUCUUUCAUCCUCUCCACGCUGCCGGCAGUAGGGUGGCAUGACACCACUGAGCGCUUCUACGCCAGGGACUGCCGCUUCGUCGUGACGGAGAUCGGCCUGGGCUUCGGCGUCUGCUUCCUGCUCCUCAUCGGGGGCAGCAUGGCUGUGGGCGCCGUCUGCAUUGCCAUCGCCCUCUUUCACACCGUCUGGGGUCGGCGCGGCCCCAACCCCAGCAAGAACCGCUUCCACGUGCCCACCAUCGUGGUGGAGGACGCCCAGGGCAAGCGGCGCUCCUCCAUUGACGGCUCCGAGCCCAUCAAGACGUCCCUGCAGAUCACCUACCUGGUCACCAUCAUCGUGCUCAUCUACGACGUCCUAAUGGGCUUCCCGGUGCUGGUGGUGAGCGCCGCCAGCCUGCGCUCGGACGCCUCCUCUGACUGGAUGGUGCUGUGCCUCAUCUGGUGCUCGCUGGUGCAGUCCCUGCUCCUGCCCCUCUUCCUCUGGGCCUGUGACCGCUACCGUGCCGACCCGCGCGCUGUCUGCGAGAAGUGCCGCGCCGUCCUGGCCAGCGACGACGGGGACGAAGAAAGCAGCCUGGAGGGUGCUGCGGCUGGCGAGCUGGUGUACGACCGCCCCUACGAGUACGGCUGCGUGGCCGAGGUCCUGGCGCUGGACCCCGUCGCCACACGUGACUUCUCGGCGCUGGAGCGGGGCCUGCCCCCAGUGAGCCCCGCCAGGACGGAGCCAGGGGACCGUAUGCAGUACCUGCAGGUGCCCCCACUGCGGCGGUUCUCCCACGACGAGACGGACCUGUGGACCAGCAGCCAGGUUGCAGCCUACCUGCAGCACUGGGGGCCCGGUGGGGAGGCAGUGGGGCUGGCGCGGCUCCUUGCUCCCCGCCGCGACCGGCCCCACCAUGGCUUUGUCCCCUGCCCUGAGGAGCAGCUCACCUACCGCCGCCGGCGCCGCUCCGCCGACAGCCUGGCCUCCCCGCUGCACGUCCCUGGAGAGGGCCUGCGCCUGGCCGACCUCCGUGGCCUCGGCGGUGAGGAAGGGGCUGCCGGGAGCCCGGGGCGCUCGGCCUCAGUGGCACUGCUGCCCGUGGCCGUGCCGCACCAGGCCAGCCUGCUGGCUGCCUUCCCGCUGGCCACCCUCCAGCACGAGCCCCGGGCGCUGCCUGGCCCGCCGGGUGCCCUCGCCGUCCCCGGGCCCCGGCUGGCCCCCGAGGACCCGGCGCGGCUCUUUGCCCCGCGGCCUGCUGAGCGCUGCGGGGGCCGGGCGCUGCGGCCAGGCCUUGGGGACGGCGGCCGGGGCAGCAGCAGCAGCCUCCUCAGUUCACCAUCGGCUUCCUCGGGGUACGUCACAUUCCUCUCAGGGUCCAUCGGCUCGGCCUCGUAGGGCCUGGACGGGACAGGACGGGCGUUACUGGACAGAACGGGCUGGGCGUUAUGGCACAGAACGGGAGCGAACAGCACGGGGCCCUGCCAUGCCCUGCG